AUGUACCACCUGACCCUGGUGACACUUGCAGUGUUGCUCUGCUCAUCAUCCUUGGUAACUGGAGGAAAGGUUCUGGUCUUCCCUGUGGAUGGGAGCCAUUGGAUCAACAUGAAAGUCAUCGUUGAAGAGCUACAUGCUCGAGGACAUGAAGUCACAGUGUUGCGCCCAUCAGACCCCUGGUACAUCAAGGAGCACUCACCUUAUUACAAGGCCAUCAAUAUUAAUUCUCCUGCUGGUUUUGAUAGAGAUAAAUUUGAGUCCUAUGUAAUGAGAACUCUGGGCAUUCGCCGCCAGGGAGCUUCACUUUCGACUCGCCUUUCUCUUGUGCAUGAUCUGAUGACGCAAACUUCUCUGAUGCAUAAAAUGGUGCUUCAGAUGGUUGAAGUGAUAUUUGAGGAUGACGAACUAAUGCAGAGCCUCCAUAAUGCCAAAUUUGAUCUGGUCCUUACUGACCCUGCAUUUGGUGGGGGGGCCUUCUUGGCUCACCGUCUGGGUCUUCCACUUGUAUUCAAUGCCAGAUGGACUAUUCGGGGUGAGGGACAUGAAGUAAUUGCACCCUCCCCCUUUUCUUAUGUUCCUAUAUCAGGAUCAGAGCUGAGUGAUAAGAUGACUUUUAUUCAAAGGGUCAAAAACAUCAUGUAUUAUCUUUUCACAUGUAUUCAGACUUGGUAUGUUGUGACACCAAAUUACAAGCCCUUUGCUUUUCGUCACAUUGGCAGCGAUAUAAAUUACAUUGAACU